AUGGAUCUCCAAGGAACCCCUCUUCCUCACGGUGCCCGCAGCACCAAGGUCACCAACGACCCUGAAGCCACCCAGAACCCUAUUGAGGAGCCCUCUGGCCCUAUUCCCAAUGACUCUCUUGCCGCCGACUCCGUCCGCCAGGGCGGUGCCUUCUCUCAGAACCGUGGUGCCGAGCCCAUGGGAGUCUCAGGCUACCAGUCCACUGUGAACAACACCGACACCUCCGCUGCCCAAACUCUUCCUUCUGCCCCUGUCGGCGGUCUCCGUGAGAACCCCCAGGACCAGCAAAUGUACCCUGAGGCCCUCGGCGGCCAGGGUAACUUCCCCGGCACUCACCUGCCCGAGUCUGGCUACACCGGUGGCCCCACCGCUGCUAAGCAUGAGAUGGGCAUCAACGCUGGCGAGUACACUACCGCCAGCGGUAGUGGCCGUAGCCAGUACAAUUCCGGUCAGGCUCCUUCCUACGUCAGUGAUGUUACCGGCGACUUCCAGCAUUCCAAGCCUUAUGACCACAACAUCAAGGAAGGUGGCUUCCAGUCCGACGACGCUAAGAACGCCAGCUUCAACUCUGACAUUGGUACCGACCAGGACCCUGGCCGCGAGGCUUUGAACAAGUUCCAGCGCAGCAACGCUGACACUUCUUUUAAUGGACCUCGUCAGAAGGGCGUUGAAGGCCAGACUCCCUGGUCGCCCUUGGAGCGCGACCAGCGCGCCUAA